AUGACCCCCACAACAUGGUGGCGGCUCACACGAGCCGUCCACAGCACCGCCCCCACAUGGGCCGGACACUCGAAGUGGCAGAACAUCCGCCACGACAAGGCCAAGAACGACGCCAAAAAGUCCCGCGAAGCAUACGCCAUUGCCAGUCGCAUAGAGACCAGUGUCAAACAAGGCGGAGUAGAGGGCAACGCCCAGCUCGCGACGUUGAUGGAGAAGGCCAAGAAGUUGAACGUGACGAAAAAAAUCGUGGAAAAUGCCGUUAAAAGAGGUAACGGGGAGACUAUUGGUGACGAAAAGCCCAUGAGUGCGGUGACAUACGAGUUCAUGGGACCUGGUGGGGUGGCGAUGGUGGUGGAGGCCACCACCGACAACAAGACACGCACGGUGGGACUCGUGCGACACGCAUUGUCCAAGUUCAAUGCCUCUUUGAGUCCAUGUUUAUACAUGUUUGAGCGGAAGGGACGGGUGGUGUUUGCGCCACGGGACGGGGACGAAACGUUGGACGACUUGUUGGAGGUGGCAAUCGAUGUGGGGGCCGAGGACGUCGAGGAGUUUGUGGACCAUGACCAGGAGUACAACGGGGAGAGGUUAUUUCAGGUGAUUACAGACCCGAGCCAGGUGGGCGACAUUUCCAACCAAUUGUCGCAGAAAGGGUACCAGUUGAAGGACACAAACGUGGAGUAUGUGUCGGGAGAAGAGAAUGAGGUUGAGUUUCCGGCUGACGAGAAGGCCUUCAACAAGGCAUUGGAGAUGCUUGAUGAGAUUCCUGAGAUCACCGAGUAUUACACCAACAUCCGGGACAGUCCAGAUGCCUAG